AGCUGCAUGCGUCCCACUUCCCUUCUUCGCUGGGAAAAAACGCCACAUCUGACAGGGAGGAAGACACGGACACAACCACAGGGGAGCGUGAACACCGACCUCAAGAUGCUGGCACUAAUCAACCGGAUGCUGGACUGGUUCAAGUCUCUGUUUUGGAAGGAGGAGAUGGAGCUGACGCUGGUCGGCCUCCAGUAUUCAGGAAAAACAACAUUUGUAAACGUGAUCGCUUCUGGGCAUUUCAGUGAAGACAUGAUCCCAACAGUCGGGUUCAAUAUGAGGAAGGUCACUAAAGGAAACGUCACCAUCAAGAUCUGGGAUAUAGGAGGGCAGCCGAGGUUCAGGAGCAUGUGGGAGCGAUACUGUCGGGGAGUUAAUUCAAUCGUGUACAUGGUUGACGCAGCAGAUCGGGAAAAAGUGGAGGCAUCUAGAAAUGAGCUUCAUAAUUUAUUAGACAAACCUCAGUUGCAAGGAAUUCCUGUUUUGGUACUCGGUAACAAAAGGGAUCUCCCCAGUGCUCUAGAUGAAAAGCAGCUCAUUGAGAAAAUGAAUCUGGCAGCUAUUCAGGACAGAGAGAUUUGCUGCUACUCAAUUUCCUGUAAAGAGAAAGACAACAUUGACAUCACACUUCAGUGGCUCAUCCAGCACUCAAAAUCUAGACGGAGCUGAAAAUAAAGUUGUUUUUCCAGCCAUGUUAUUAUCAUGCCCCCGGCCCCAACUCACACUUAAACUCACAUGCUGCUCUGCUCUGCUUGUGACACACAUGUAUUUUCCCCCUUUUCACCUUCAUUCUUUCACACACCCUGAGAAUGCACUAAAGAUGUGACUCUGAUACCAAAUUUAAGAAACGUUCUUGGCAUUAUUCGUCCUGUAAAGCUGUUCUUUAACUUGGAGCGGAACCUAAUUUUGGUCUACCAUUUAGGCAUUACCUGGGUUGAUCAUACCCAGUGUUUUUUAGAACACUAAAUAGGUAUUCAACAACGCCCUCUUGAAGGAGGGUUGAUACAGGCCUCACAACGAGAAAUGUUAUUCACACAGUCAGCUAGUGUGGUUUUUACUGAUGGUGAGAUGUGUGUGUAUGGAUAUAUGAUUAUAUUUAAAGUCUGAAUGUACUAAAGUUAUGUGGUGCAUAUUAGCCUCUGUUUGUAGGUAGCCUCAGUGGAAUGAUGUUUGUGCUGCCUCAAAGCUGAGAGAGUGGCAGAAUUCAAAGUGCCUUGUGCAAUGUCUCUCACUCUGAAGCGAAGCAGCAUGCAAGGUGUGCCUACCUGGGAAUAGUAAAAAAUAAUAAUACAAUAAACACCACUUCAGUAUAUUCAAAUAAUAAAAAGGCA